AUGGCACCGAAAGCUCUAAGUGGAGCAGCCAAAAGAAAAAAGAAACAUCAACAACAGUACUCUACUCAAGACAUAACCAAACAAGACCAAGUUAGUCUUGUAAUUCGUUAUACCACAUUAGAUUUUGAAAAGAAACAAAUACAAAUUAAAGAGUCAUUUCUUGGUUUUUAUUUACUAUCCCAUCAUGGUGCAGCAAAUUAUGUGGAACUUUUACAAAAUACUUUAAUGAAAUUGGAUUUAAAUAUUAUGAAAUGUCGGGGUCAAGGGUACGAUGGGGCAGCAGUGAUGAGUGGUUCAAUAACAGGUGUUCAAAAACGAAUUUGUGAUAUUGUGCCCAACGCUACGUUUGUUCAUUGCUGUUCCCAUAAUAUAAAUUUAGUUUUAUGUGAUGCUGCUAAAAGUUCAAGGAAAAUACAAUCAUUUUUUGAUAGUGUGCAAGACAUUUAUAAUUUUUUUAGCUCGAGUUCACCAAGAUGGGCUCAGCUAGCCUUUGGUGAAGAGUACGGGAUGAAAAUAAAUAAAAUAACUUUAAAAAAAUUAAGUGAAACACGUCAAAGAUAUGCUAAAAAAUAUUUUGAUGAAGUAGACAGUGAUCGCCGACUUACUACAACUGAUGAUAAUUUUAGAGUUACUAUCUUUUACCCAGUUGUAGAUACAGUACUAUUACAGUUAAGAGUUAGAUUUAAAGGAAUGAAAACUGUGUGUGAUGAUUUUAAUAUAUUAAUGCCUGAAAUAUUAACGUCAAUGGCUGAUGAAUUGAUUGUUCAGUCAUCAUAUGACUUUAUUACCAAAUAUAAAGAAGAUAUCAGUUCUGACUUCACUCGUCAACUUAUUAUAAUCAAGGGCUAUUUAUCUUCCAAAUAUCAAACCGAUCAUUUAAUAAAUAUGUCAAUUCAUGAUUUAGCUGAUACUAUUGUCAAGGAAGAUUUGACAUCAAUAUUUCCUGAUGUAUUUAUUGGUAUUAUAAUUUUUUUAACUAUACCAGUGACUUCUGCCUCAGCUGAGAGAUCUUUUUCAAAGCUUAAACUUAUCAAAAACUACUUAAGGAACUCAAUCGGCCAAGAAAGACUUUCAAAUUUUUGUCUGUUGGCCUAA